GUUCGAGGGGCGUCUUCGCCAGAGCCGAAAGGGAUCUCCGUGACUUGGCGGAGCCUUUCCUGAACGGCGGGCGCGUCAUUGAAACAUUUGGCAGGCGCGUGCACCCGCGCAGUGACUGCACCGCGCAGUGACUGCACCUUCACCCUCUCCACAAUUGGCGCAGCCUACCACGACGGCACCUGAAACACGCAGCAUAAACAGCGACACCGCUGAACCAGACGCACCCCGGCUGCCGCGUGCACCGAACGAUAGCCGGCGCAUUCAUGGGAGCCUUCGAGAAGACGUCGCGCGACCCUGGACCACGGUCUGUUCUGCCGUGAACGCGCCAUCGACACACUCGCUUCGCCGCAGAGCGCCCCCUCCCCCUCCACCUGCACUUGCCCCGCACGCUGCUGUGCCUUGCCAGUGCAUCCCCUGCCUGUCGAUCUACCCACCAUGUCUUCUGAGGCGCCAGAGCCCACGGUGGUGGAUGAUGCGCCCCCAGUCGAGCACCAUGAGGGGUCUGGCGCAUCCGAGGAUGAUGCAGACGAGAGCGAGCCCGAGGCACCUAUCGAUCUCAUGGUCACAUCGCGAGCCAGGCGAUCAAAUGCUGGAAACCGCAUGUCGACGCUGCUCGCCCAGCAGGCUGAAGAAGAGGAGUGGGGAGAAGAGUGGGAAGAGGUCGCAAACGAGGAGGAGUUCAGGGGCGGAGAUGUGAACGAGCAAGAGGACUACAACAUGGAUUCUUCAUCCUCAGAGGAAGACAGUGAUGCUGCUGCUGCUGCUGCUGACGACGACGAUGCGGGCGAGAAGGAACUGCGCAAAGCCGAGCGGCAAGAACGUACCAAGAAGCGCAAGAUAGCCACCAAUCCAUUCGCUGCCCGUCUCGCUACCGCUGCACGCAAGAAAGUCAAGAUCGACGUCCCUCGAAUCGAGUCCACUUCAUCCGCGCCAGUUCGACCGAAGAAGAAGUCUGAAAGAGCAUCCUGGAUACCUACCGAAGAGGAUGGACCAAUACGAACGUCGUCGCGGCGGCAGACGGUGGCGAACAAGGAAAGCACGCUGGCAAAGCUGCAGGAGAAGGAUAGGCGGCGAGACGACACACUGGCUAUGAUGAAAGCUGCCGAGGCUCGAAAGAAGAAGGACGAGCCAAAGCCCUUGACGCAGGCAGAGCGCCUUGCCGAAGCUGCGCGGCAGGAAAGAAUCAACAAGAAGACCCUACAUAGGUGGGAAGAAGCAGAAGAAGUACGAGCAGCCGAAAGGCAGGCCAAGAUCGAUGCGCUCAAGAACCGGCAGAUCGAAGGACCCUUCAUUCGAUACUAUAGUGGGCCGGCCAUUUACGUGGAUGACAAGCUCAGGUACACGGGCAAGGACGCGCCUACUCUCGGACAUCUGGAAGAGAAGCUCAACAAGGAACCUGCAGCGGCAGACACACAAAUCACUCAGCCUGAACCGACUGAGCGGACGGUGACUGCUGCCGCCGCCGACCCACAGACGCCACACCAUGACAGCUUAGGCCAGCACCCACCACCCAUGAGUUCUCCAGAGAUGUUCUCUGUACCUGCGUCUCAGUCAUUGCAGCAAGACAUACAGCUGCCAUGGGCUGCUGGAUCACAAGCAGCCAACGGGGACGUCUUCAUGGGCGGCGACCUGUUCAUGGGCUCAUCCCACGGCAUGUCAUCCUACAACAGCACCAUCACGUUCGCACCGCCCCAGAACCAAGACUCCUUCCUCUUCGGCAUAGACCAGUACGCCUCAACUCAAAACCAACAAAACCCAACUCCAUCCUCCGACCUCCCUCCAAACCCCUUCCCCCAAUCCCAAUCCUUCCCACAAUACACAACAUCCUCCACCUUCUCCCCACACCCCUCCCUCAGCGACGCCCUCCUCACCCAAGAAAACACGAACAUCGGCCCACAAGCCCUACUCUUACAAUCUCAACGCCCAGCCCUCGCUCCCCAACCUCCACGGCGCAAAAUCAUCAAAAGGGCAAUGCGGAACCUGCUCAUCCUCUCCUCAUUCCCGAAUCUCGACGCCCCGCCUACGUCGUCAAGGGCGCGUACCGCCGCCUCCAUGCUCAAGGACAAAGACCGCGCAGCACUGAUCCAACUCUGCAAAACGCUGUUCGAGUGGAACGAACAAGAUGCUACGACUUUUGUUAACAACAUGCUGCUCGGCCAGGCGGCAAAGACGCAGAAGGCGAGGGAGGCGCAUGAUGCGGCUAUACGUCCAACAAAGCAGCUCUGCGCUGUCACGAACGCGGUGGCGCGGUACAGAGAUCCGGAGACGGGUAUCGCGUAUAGAGAUGCGAGGGCGUUUGGUGUGCUGAGAGGUGUUGUUGGUGGUGGGUUCGUGUGGAGUGGAGAUUUGGGGUGUUAUGUGGGCGGCAGAGCGAAGCCGCUUGAGAGUAUGGGGGGGAAGGGGUUCUUGGGUAUGCCGCCUGCGGCGGGGGUGCCGAGGAGGUUUUUGGAGAUGAGCAAGAAGAGUGUACCAGUUGUGCCACCGCUGGGUCAGGCGCAGACGCCUGUAAACCUUGCUGGGCCGGUGACUGCGCCGGCUGCGUCGGCAGGUGGUACUGGGGCCUCGAAGACGGAGGAGCUCACGGUUGCUGUAUAGAUCUGAGAUUUGUAGCACAGUGCACGACCACCCACUCACGAAUUACUCAGUAAUGUAAA